AUGUUAAACUCGGUUAUUGUCCUGCUGUUAGUCAGUCAUGUGGCCCUAGCCGAACCGUCUGCCGCAGUGGCGUCUGACACGAAGGACUCUGCCACGGAGGCGUCUGUCAAGAAUACGUCUAUCACGUACGCAGCUCAUACGAAUUCAUCUGUCACUGCCUGCACGGACUGUCUAAACUUCUUGUUGGAAUACCUUAUGGAUGUUUUGACGAGUCUGCUGCCCGAGCCGUUCAUUGUGAACAAGUCUCCGGAUGGCUUUCUGACUGUAAAAGAUGCCAAAGUAUUUGGUCUGAAAUCUCUUCAGCGGAACUGCCCGACAGACAUGCGUUCCGCAACAGCGUCUAAUGCAGAGGAAAUUAGCAUACAUUUCUGUGUGACACCAAGCGAGGAUAUAACUGCUGUGGGGCUAGUUAAAGUGUGGGAUCUGAUCUGGGAGAACCCGUUCGAGAUGGCGACACUCACACUGCACAAUCUCAGCGUCACACUCAAUCUCACCGUGCGGUUCCCCACCUACUUGGAUAACACGACCGAAAGCAUAAUCAAGUUGUCCGGCGUUCACGACAUCGAAACCGAUGGUAUAACAGUCAAGGCUCUGGACGAGCGAAAUGAAUACGGACCGAUCGCAGUCUUUGGAAGUACCAUCACGACACUUGCUCAGGGUCCACUGACGAUAUUUUUUAAGAGUCAUUUGGCUAAAAUAAUAGAAGAAUUACUCAGAAAAGUCAACAGAAAUAUCGAACGUACGCUGUUCAACGUGGCAUAA